AUGAAGACGAGCUACUGCUUGAUGGCACUAUUCUGGCAGGUGUGGGGCGUGCAGGCCCUGUCCUUGGACUCACUCGUGGGGCAGAGUAAGAUCUAUUACCAAAGACCGGCUCGGCUGGGCAGUCCCAGAGAACUACCUCUGGAGAGCGUCGAUCAGCUGGAGACUGUGGAGUCCCUUAAGUUGAUUGUGCAUGGCUUUCUGGGCUCCAGAACCCAUGGUUCCAUCAUGCCUCUGGCCAACGCCUAUAAGGCCCAGGGCUUUGCUAACAUACUGAUAGCCGACUGGUCGCCCGCUUCCAGCUUGGAUUAUGCCAAAUCGCGUCGAGCUGUGGGCAAGGUGGCCCUGCAUCUGGCCAAGCAGCUGCAGCUCUUCCUGGAACGUCACAACAUCUCCAAUGAGGCGGUGCAUGUGAUUGGCCAUAGUCUGGGCGCGCACAUUGCCGGCCGCAUUGGUCACCACUUCAAUGGCAGCUUGGGACGCGUGACGGGCCUCGAUCCCGCGCUGCCGCUCUUCUCGCCCCGCUCCGAGGACAGUCUGCGGGCAAAUGCCGCACGAUUUGUGGAUGUCGUACACACGGACUAUCCUUUCUUUGGCGAUCUGACGCCACGCGGCACGGCGGAUUUCUAUCCGAACUUCGGACGCACUCCUCAGCCUGGCUGCGAAGAUGUGGACCUUUUGGCAGCCAGUAAGCUCAUCCUCGAGGCCUAUAGUUGCAGUCAUAAUCGAGCUGUGCUCUUCUAUGCGGAAUCUAUUGGAAUGCCCAAGAACUUUCCAGCAAUGCCUUGCACCUUGAAGGACAUCAAAGGUCGCAAUAUCAAGGGCUGUUUGAAAAAGACGUCCGAGCUUAAUUCGAACAGCUCGGCCAUUGAGGCUGCUGAUGCCGCCACGGAUGAGACGCAGGCCGUUUAUAUGGGAGAGCACGUGACGAGAAGCGCCACCUCGUUUUAUUAUUUGAAAACUAACGCUGUGCCGCCGUUUGGACAGGGUGUACAAGCCAAAUUCAACUAG